CAGCACAAAAGGAACAAAACAAGUGGAAAUUCUAUAAAUACCUUAUAGAUAACAUAAUAUAUAAUAUAUAGAGAGAGAUAAAUACUGCAAAACAAGACACGCUUAUCAAACCUAUCGACAGUGAAUCAUGGGUUACAAAUGGGUGCAAUCCUCGUCGUAUGCCUCAAUACCCCCAAUGGCCGUCGUGGGCGGCAAUGAUGAGGACGGGGCGAUGAUCUAUGUGGGAAGGGCCGAGCACGAGGGCGACAUGCUCGUCUGCAAGGUGGUGCCCUCCAAGCAGAUCGGCUUCAUCUCCCAGCGGGGCGAGGCCUUGCCCAAGGACAUCUUUGAGAUGCUGUGCGGCGAGAAUCUGACGUGGAUCAAGUGCUAUGAUCAUGUGAUUCCCGAGACAGCUGUGCUCUGUGGACGCACGACGUUGGAUCAACCCGUGUACAUUGGACGUGGUCACUACGAGGGACACUUGAUCAUCGGCAAGAUAUCCUCGGUGCAUCGCGCCUUGUUUAUUGCCUAUCGCGGGGCGGAGCGUCGUCUGGAUUCGUAUGAGAUUCUGGUGGAGGAAAGACGCUCGUUGCCGGGUUGGCAAUUGCCACCACCACCACCAUCACUGCUAGAGGAGGACAAGUGUCCGCUGUCACCACCGCCACCACCACCACCAGCUGGCGCAGCUUGUGGCAAGCCCUAUCAAUAUCCGCCGGACUUUGAUGCCGUACCUUUUCCCAUGCACGACCGACCGCCUCAAUAUACGCCCUCGCCCUCGCCCUCGGUAAUGCCGAUGCCGAUGCCAAUGGCGAGCACAGAUCCCUAUCCACCACCACCAACGAUCAUGCCAGCGUAUCAGGCGCCAGUGGGCGUGGCACUGCCCCUACCGCCAAAACCCGCCUUGCCGCCGGCUUAUACACCCGCGGAGGUGGCACCUCCCUUAACUGGACCUUCCUGCUCCUCUUUUGUACCCGCGGAAACCUAUAAACCCCCCAUGGAUCCUUAUGCUCCCAGUUGUUCCAGCUACACGCCAGCGGAAUAUGCUCCCGUUCCCGCUGCAGUUGCUCCUAUUUAUGGAGGACCGCCAACCCACGGUACUGCCUCCGAUCUGUGGCUACCAGCCCGGGCUGGCUACACGCCACCCGAUGCAGUCCACGGUGGUCAUGACAGCGACAUGGCGCCUCUGCUCGUCUGUCGUGCCUACUACGAGGGAUUACGCAUACCGGGCAAGGCGGUGCCGAGUCGUGGUUGCGCCUACAUUGCGCACUCGGGUCGCGAGAUCAUCGAGUCCAGCUACGAGGUGCUCAUCGGCCAGGCCAAGUAUCAUUGGGUGCCACGCUCGGAGGGCAGCAUUGCCCCUGGAGCCGUCGAGGCGGGACGAUCGUACAAUGGGGAGCCGCUCUAUGUGGGACGUGCUCGUUAUUGUGGCAGUCUGACACCCGGCAAGAUUCAGCAGUCCCAUCGCUGCAUCCACAUUCCGUUUGGUGGCCAGGAGGUGCACAUUAGCACCUACGAGGUCCUCGUCCGCAGCGAGUUCUUCCAUCGCCAGCAGGCCGUCAACCUGUCCUACUAACCCAAGCUGAUCCAAGGACAGUCCACCUAAGAUUCUAUUGUAACUGAGCAGCUACCUCGACACAUUGUACCUAUGUUUAUUAUACACUGAAAAAAAAAUAUUUUUUUUGUCAGAUAA